AUGUCGGAGAGACCAAGCCGUCACCAGAGAAGACCUUCUCAGAGCGUUUUUCCAAUCUCCCUCGAGGAUCUUUCCGACAUCUCUCUCACAGCAAAUCCUCCCUCCUCAAUCCCUUCUCAGCCGCCGCGCCAUCAGAUCCCUCCGCCAUCUCCGGCGGGUACUCCGGCAGAUCGUAGCAGCAAUGAUGACAAUGCGAACAAGGAUCACAAAGGGAACGCAUCUGCUAAUUGA